CGAGUCAUUGGGCCGAAGCAUCGUUUUAACGGGGCUCGUCUCUUCCAACAUCUCAUGACUGGAGCGAAGCUACGGGCAGCGUCUCUCUCUUUCUCUCUUUCCUCUUCACUUCGAGCCUGAAUCCGAGCUCCAUUCUUAGGCCCUAAAAUUCAUCACUCUCUCUCUCUCUCUCUCUGUGAAUAUGCUAGCUCGCCUGGCUGCCAAUCGUCUUGCCGGAAUCCGGCAAAGUGUCCGUCAGACUUCGCGAUGCUUCUCAACUGCCUUCAACUAUCAUGUUGAUUCACCGGAUAACAAUCCCGAUCUUACUUGGGAAUUCUCUGAGACGAACAAAAAAAAGAUUGCAGAGAUAUUAUCCCACUAUCCCUCCAACUAUAAACAAUCUGCUGUCAUUCCUUUGUUAGAUCUUGCACAACAGCAACAUGGAGGAUGGCUUCCUGUUUCUGCAAUGAACGCAGUAGCUAAAGUUGUGGAGGUUGCUCCCAUCCGUGUAUAUGAAGUUGCAACAUUUUAUUCAAUGUUCAAUCGAGCUAAGGUGGGCAAGUACCACUUGUUAGUUUGUGGCACUACUCCAUGCAUGAUUCGUGGUUCUCGGGAAAUAGAAGAUGCUUUACUAAAACACUUGGGAGUGAAGCGCAAUGAAGUAACAAAGGAUGGUCUGUUCUCUGUUGGAGAAAUGGAAUGCAUGGGAUGUUGUGUUAACGCUCCAAUGAUCACAGUUGCCGAUUACUCUAAUGGAUCUGAAGGAUACACAUACAAUUACUAUGAAGAUGUCACUCCUAAACGAGUUGUCGAGAUAGUAGAGAUGUUGAGAAGAGGGGAGAAACCACCGCAUGGCACACAAAACCCUGGACGCAUUCGAUGCGGACCAGAAGGAGGAAACACAACCUUGGUAAGUGACCCGAAACCGCCUCCAUGCCGGGACCUCGAUGCUUGCUGAAAAGCCUCCCAUUUACUUCCUCCAAUAAUGCCAAAUCUGGGAUGUAACCAAUCGAGCUGCCAAAGAUUCUUGGUUUGAUUAUUAUUUAUUCUGUCAAAAUUUCAUCCACCCCCACUAAAAAAAGAAAGAUUCUAUUUUACUUCCGGAAUGGAUUCUGGUGGAUUUUUCAAUAACACACAAUGCCUACUUGUUCUGUUGUCUAAGCUAUGCAUGCUUUUGUUUUUUGACUUUUGUAUUAGCUACAGACGACUUCAGCAAUGGCCUCAAUAUUCAUCUGUGUUUUUUUUUCCCAAUGCCUGUUUAACGUGUAUUAAUAGUUACAAAGUUCCUUUGCUGUUAUACCCCCAUAAAGUUCUAUUUUUAUC